ACCAGACCGUCGAGGCCUUGGCGCAGGAAACGGGCGACCGACGUUUCGCCUUCGACAGCUACCGUCGCUUCGUGCAGACCUACGCCGUGACGGUGCUGACAAAGCGCCCGGAGCUGCGGCGGCGCUUCGAAAAAGUCAUGGAACGCGCCAAGCAACGACGGGAGGUGACAGAUGACCACGAGUUGCUUCCAGAAGAUUUAGAGCAGUUGGUUUCUGACUACAAAACGGCAGUGCACUUGGAACUGGGCGUCCCCUUCCCUGAAGAUCCUGAAGAGCAACUGUGGGGAGCCAUCGGCGCCGUGUUCAACUCCUGGAUGAACCCAAGGGCCAAGACCUAUCGACAGCUUCACGGCAUGCCUGAGAGCUGGGGAACCGCCGUCAAUGUGCAGGCCAUGGUCUUUGGAAAUUUGGGGAAGGAUUGUGCCACUGGGGUGGCCUUUACCCGCAACCCCUCCAGCGGCCUCAACGACGUCUACGGCGAGUGGUUGGCCAACGCCCAGGGCGAGGACGUCCUGCUGGGCCGCCGACGGCCGCAGGAGAUGACGAUCAAAGCGCGCUUGGCGCAGCGGGGGGAGAUGCCAUCACUGGAAGAGGCCAUGCCCAACCUCUUCCGGGAACUUAGCGCCGUGUGUCGGCAGCUGGAAGAUCAUUACAAGGACAUGCAAGAUAUUGAAUUCACGAUCCAACAAGGCAAGCUCUACAUGUUGCAGACCCGUACUGGAAAACGAACCGCCCAUGCUGCCGUGCAGAUCGCAGUGGAUUUGGCCCAGGAGGGUUUGAUCUCCAAGGGCUCUGCCCUGCUCCGCCUGAAACCGGAGCUCAUCACCCAGCUGCUGCACCCCACGCUGGACGUCUCGUCCACGGAUCGGUGGCAGCGGCUAACGCGUGGACUGCCGGCGUCGCCGGGGGCGGCGACGGGGAAGGUGGUCUUUACAGCGGAUGAGGCGGAGAAGAGGAGUCGAAAUGGAGAGAAGGUGGUUGG